GACUUCUCUCUCUCUCUCUCUCUCUCUCUCUCUCUCUCUCUCUCUCUCUCUCUCUCUCUCUCUCUGUUUGUUGUGGGUAUAUAUAUAAAUAUUUUUCGGAGAACUCUCUCUCUCUCUCUCUCUCUCUCUCUCUCUCUCUCUCUCUCUCUCUCUCUCUUGUGUAUAUAUAAGGGGGGAAGGCAUAUAUAUAUAGGACAGACGUCUGAAGUACCAGAUAAUUCAGUUUGAUAAGAGAAAUUAAGGAGGGGAAGAAGGAAGAAGGAGAGAAGAGGCGUUGCAGUUCUCAUGAACUGUGGAGUCGUGUUGGGUUUCUAUUGCUGGGACUGGGAGUUCUUAACUGCUCUUCUUCUCUUCUCUUCCUCCCCUUAACUCCAGUUUUACAUUUCUAUCCUCCCCCUCUUCCUUCUUCCUUCAAUUCUUCUUCCUUUCUUCUUUCUUCUUCUUCUUUUCUUACAAGUGAUUUCAUCAUCAUCAAUCUCUUCCUCCCUUUAAUUUCUCCCAUCUCCUUAUAAAUCUUUUUCUCUCUCUCUCUGUCUCCUCAACUGGGCAUCUAUGGAGGGCACUGACCAUCACAAUCAGCUAGCGUACCGUAGUAGUAAUAGUGGUGCGGAAAUAAAUUUAAAGGGAAGUAGCAGUAGCAGUGGUGGUGGUGAGAAUAUUAAUUUUGUGAUGGAGAAGGUGAUGAUGAUGAGGAAGUCCAGCCCUCCGCCGUUCCUGAUGAAGACUUACAUGCUGGUGGAGGAUCCGGCCACCGACGACGUCAUCUCGUGGAACCCCGACGGCACCGCCUUCGUGGUGUGGCAGCCCGCCGAGUUCGCCAGGGAUCUCCUCCCUACCUUCUUCAAGCACAGCAACUUCUCCAGCUUCGUCCGCCAGCUCAACACCUACGGUUUCCGAAAAGCGGCAACAAGUAGGUGGGAGUUCUGCAACGACUUGUUCCGGAAGGGCGAAAGAGAGCUGCUGUGCGAAAUCCGCCGCCGGAAAGCAUGGGCCAGCCGGCAACAACCCCUCAAAGCUGCACCACCACAAGAACUACUUGACGUCGACAUCGAAGAACAAAGGUCUAAUUCGUCGACGUCGUCGUCGUCGGACGAGCAGUACAGCAGCCUGGUUGAUGAGAACAAGCGGCUGAAGGAGGAGAAUGGGGUCCUGAGCUCUGAGCUCACCACCAUGAAGAAGAAGUGCAAGGAGCUUCUCGAUUUGGUGGCUGCGUACACCGCCGACGAUGCCGGUUCCGAUGAUCACAGGGAAGAUGAUGAUGAAGACGAGGGACCAAAGCUAUUUGGGGUGAGGCUGGAGGUUGGAGGAGGAGAGAGGAAGAGGAAGAGAUCUGCAGAUGUGAGGGAAAUCCUGAGUACUGUUUUCCUCUCUCAAUCAUGCAAAUAGUUGGUUGAGAAUAUAUAUAUAUAUACAUACUUCUUUGAAUCAAAUGGUUAAAACAUAUAUAAAGAUUAAGAUACAUUGAUGUUAUAUAUGCAUGCAUGUAUUAUUAAUUAAUAAGGUACGUGAAGUUGGUUCACUGAUCACCAACUGUACAUCUUUAAUUGUAUGUCAUUAUUGUCAUCAUGGGCAUUAUCACUUAUCAAUAUAAUUGAAGGUUUGAACAUGAAA